AUGGACAGCCCUCCCACUACGCAUCCGACCGCGCAAGCUGACGCUGUGUCCGACCGCAAAGACGGUCCCAGGAAGCGUCGACGAGCGACAGUGGCGUGCCGCAGUUGCCGACAACGCAAGACAAAAUGCGAUCACAUUGUUCCGGCGCAAGCAUCCGACGAGAUGCUUCGUGGUAUGACUAAAUCGGCGCAAGUAUAUAUCCGAUCCUUGGAACGGCGUGUCCGCAACUUUGAGGAUCUUCAGCGAGAUGCGAAAAAAUAUCAUCAGAAUCAGCAAAUGCAACAACAGCCUGCACCUGCAGUGCAGACUAUAUCUCCCGUUCCGUCGACCAGUCAGUAUGAAGUGACAAAAAUGGCACCGACCCAGCGACAUAUUCGGCCUGCUGGGUGGUCAACCAACCACACUCAGCAUCAGCAACCCCAGCAUCAAAACGUCCUCCCAACAACUCCAGAUAUAUUCCUCAGUGGCAAAGCUGGCGAGUCUUUUACCCAACUAAUACUCAAUGCUAUGAAUAACCCGUCUUUCAAGCUCGACUCUCAAUCUUUCUCUUCCCCUCGAGAUGGGUCUGUCGACGUGAGAGGCUCUGAUAACCUCUUUUCUCCACCUGCCAAUGUCCGAGAAUUGCUCCAGGUAUAUUUCGACUUUCACCACGAGCUUACUCCAAUCUUCCAUGUUCCUUCCAUCAUGGCCCAAUUCGAACAAGUGCUCAGUAACGGCGCCACCUCUGGAAACAGUGAUAGUGUUUAUACUCUGGCUAUCCUCAACAUGAUCUGUGCGCUAGCAGUUGCUCACAGUCGACAAGGCCAUGGGGAUUCCGAUACUACCUCCCGCAAGUAUUACAAUACCGCAAUGCAGCUAAUGCAGCCAAAUCUCUUGUCAGAUUGGAAGAUUGAAAAAGUCCAAGCCCUGCUCCUCGGUGCCCGCUACCUGCAGAGUUCAAGCUAUAGCGACGAAUGUUGGACGGUAUUGGGACUUGCAAUCCGCAUAGCCUAUGAUCUAGAAUUACACCGGCCACCCGAUCCCGAGCAGUUCGAUUGCAUAGAACAAGAGGUUCGUAAACGUGUAUGGUACGCAUGCUUUGGUUUGGAUAAAUUGCUCAGCAUGAUAUACGGCCGUCCUGCUGCUACCUCCACAUCUACUUUCACGACCCCUCUUCCAGAGGAUUUAGACGACGAUUGCAUUCGGCCGACACGACUGCUAUUCCCCUCAGUUCAGACCACUUCAAGCAUGUCGUUCUUUUUGCAAGUCUCCAAAUUAUACCGCCUUUUGGAAGCUAUAACAAUGCUGGGCGAUCAACCAGCGUUGGCAGAUUUGGUCAGGCUGGAUGAAGAAUUUGAAACCUGGCAAGCCGAGGUGCCUAACAGACUCCGGAUUCGAGAGGCUACUCUAAGGGGAGAUGAAGCGGCUCUAAUUCUGGCACUCCGUGCCAACAUGGUGUGCAUUCUGAUCCAUAGACAGUCGUUGGUGUCAGGUCUUAGUGCGCUGUCCUCGGUAUCUUGUCAUUCAACGCCGGCUACCAAAGGAUGUGAAGGCGGCCGACUACGAACUAGCAUGCUGCAGAGGAGUCGGCAGAUCUGCGUGAGUACCGCCGAAGAAACGAUUCGACUGGUGGCCGAACGGCAUGAACAGACCAAGAAUGCAAUGGGACCAAGUUGGUUCAACUUGUAUUAUUUGUUUACUUCCAUUCUGAUCAUCGUAUCCCAUGUCGUUGAUCCAGAUUUUCAAGAUGAUCGUAGUGCCUUGAUGCAUCUGGACCAAGCGGUUAACAUGAUUCGUCAAAUGUCUGUCAAUCACCUCUGUGCGCAGAGAGCGUAUGCUUUUUUGCAGCAGUUGCUUGGCCUGCUUGAUAGAACAAUACCAGACGACAGACGGAGGUCACUUGAGCGGUAUAGCACGCCCCCAACAGCCAUGACCGGAAGCAAUCCGGGGGUAGCAGACAACACAAUGUACAGCAAUUGCACAACGAUGGCAGCGGAUGAGGCGAUGGAAGAUGGCGGUGUCGACCUGUGGUCUCUCUGGGAUACCACACAGGAUCUUACGAUGGACCUGGGCUCUCAGCUAGAACUCCAUUCAACUCUAGGUUCGGCCACGUGGUCGUGGGGUGUGGAGAAUCCUGGUGCUGAGUCGUUGAUGCAAUCUCCACCAGCAGCCCUUAGCGGCAUCCCCGGAUAA